AUGGCUCCCUGGCCAUCUCCCCUCAUUUGUCACGCAGCGUGCCUUUCUUCAACACUCCCACCUCCGCGCAACAUCUCCCACGUAGCAGAGAAUAUGCACGACUAUAUCCGCUCAGGCCUACCCGCUCUCUCGCUGCUCUCUUUCUCGUCGCACCUACUCCUCGCAGGCAUCUACUCGCGGUUUCUGUACCAGACCAUUGACGGCAACGCCUUCGCCUCCGCCCGCACACAGGCCAGCCUGGGAGCGUCCGCGCUCAUGCUCGGGUUCUCUGCGAUGUCCUUCCUCCGCAUCGCCCUCGCGGCUCGAGCGCGCGACCAGCGUAUGUUGAGGGCCUGCCACCGCACCACGCCCGCCGCGCGCAUCUUUGCGGUCGUCACUGCCGUCGUCGCGCUCUACACCACGGUCACGGCUGAGGUCGACUGCAUCUCCUUCGUGGACGGCGGGCUUGGACGAGACUGCCGGCUGCUCGUCGACGGCGCGCCGCCAAGCGUCGUCGUCAUGGUCGCGGGCUUCCUUGCCACUGUCAUGGCCAUCCAAUUAUACACGAUGGUCCUGCUGGAGGCUGUCUUUGCGCAUAAUGAGCAGAGCAAGGUCCUUCCCCCGCCCUACGAAUAUGGGCUGCCGCAGAUCAUCAGUGUGCCUCCAGAUCAUACGUUUUCCACAACUCACUACAACAAGGACGGUGCUGUCUGCCCUCUAGAGACACUGAUGUCUAAGGAUUGCUGGUGUCUGACAUCACGCACAGCGUCCAAAGGUGGCCCACACCCAGCCUUCGACCUUGAGGACCGCACUACGGGUCUCCAGCACGAGUGGCUUACUCGGAGCGUGGCGUCAGUCGCGGUCGCUGGUGAGGGUCUUCUCUAG